AAGCUUAGUAAAAAGUCGCAAAAACAGUGAUAUUAUGCUAAUUUGAAUACAAGUCACCAAAAUCAGUCUUGUCCACGUUUUUUUUUUUAAAUAACAUUAUUUUUACCUAUCUGUACAAGAUUUGGCGCUUUUAGGAAAAAGGUGCACAAUUAAAUACAUGUAGUAACUAUAACACACAUCCGCUGAGCUAUAGUACGGAUGGAUCAGCAUGACAAUAAUUGAUUUUUAUUUCGUAAAGAUAGGGCACGUUAAUGCAUGCAUCGUCUACUAUAACAACAGCAGAUGGUACAAAGCUAAACAAAAAUAAAUGUAUCUCAUUUUUUAAAUUUUCAAUCAUCCCACCCCCCCAAUUCAUUUUCGUGUAUUUAAUUGCAACCCUCACACAAUUAAUUACUUCACGGGAUGGACAAGCAAGUGACGACCAACGUUCCACGUCGGCAGUCGAUCGCGAGAAGGCUCUGCACUGGUAAAUCUUGGCUGGUGAAACGCACACCUUUUGAGCACAUUUUAUACCGUAAAGUACCGGUGUUUUUCUAGCCAUCACAAGAUGGGGUGGUCCGCGAGACACUGGUGGCGUAUGACCACCGCAGCGUGUCUGGUUGUAGUCAUCGGGCUGAUGUCUAUCGAAGUCGGCAUGCUGGUCAAGCAACGAUCUACCAAGAGCCCGGUGCGUCCGGUAACUACCACGUAAGUUGCAGUUAGAAUGAAAAUCCUAUUUUAUGUGUGAUAUUCAAUUGCUGGAUACCGCUGCAAUAAAUCUGCUGGCGUAUCAUAGACCCUUGCUGUGCAAGGAGAUCUUCAAUAGACUAAGAUGCCUUUACGUAUCCAGACAAUUUUUCUCUUAAAACUUUUUUUUAAUGUCAGGAAGAUUAACGAAUGGACCAGGCAGAAGCUGCAACAUGUUGAACAGAAGAAGGGAACGGACGACAUGUCUGCUCCCAAUCCCUGCCAACCCAACCACCGCUUCGUGUUCAUAAAGAUCCACAAAACUGGUAGCUCCACCAUCGCCACGAUGCUGGAGCGCUACGGCUACCGGCGCGAUCUCAACUUCGCGCUGCCCAGCGGAGCAGUCCACUACUUCCCCAUGAGCAACCAGAGGUACCGUUUUGACACCCCGCGGCUGGUCUUCCAGUGGAACCUGAUGGACUGGAGCGGCGCCCUGGUCUGGCCGGCGCUGGGCGGGUACCAAGUCUUGGUGAAUCACGCUCUGUACAACCGUACCGUGGAUGAAAUUCUUAUUCCAAACGCCGUAUAUUUCACCAUGAUAAGGGAACCCAUCGCCCGAACCGAAUCCUUCUUCAGGUACUUCCUUUUCGACCAGGCGGUACCCCACAAGGCCAACGAAGACCCUCUUGAAGUCUUCAUGAGGGACCCCCAAAGACACACCCAGAAAAUGAGCAACAACAAAUGGAACAAGUAUUUCAGGAAUGGCCAGUUUUUCUCUCUGGGGUUGGAGCGGGAAGAUUACAAGAAUCUCCGGGUGGUAGAGGCUGCCAUCAACUCGUUGAGUCGCGGCAUGGACCUGGUGAUGCUGAACGAGUACUUCGACGAGUCAUUGUUACUCCUGAAAAAGCUCAUGUGUUGGGAUUUCCAAGACAUUGUGUACAUCUCCAAAGCGGUUCGGAGACCCAGCGGAAACCACACAAGCAUCCCGGCGGGGAUGAGAGACAAAAUUCUCCGGUGGAACGCAGCUGACCUGAGGCUCUACCAACACUUCAACCGGACUUUCUGGACCAAAGUCCAAAAGUACGGUCCGGAAUUUGGGCACGAUUUGGACACGUUCCGGGCGAUGAAGGAAUCCGCAACGCAAGCUUGCAUGGCAACGGGGAGCCGCCAAUGGGAUUGGCACAACUCCAGCUACUGGGAAUUGCCGCCAAAUGCCAGCGAGAAAUGCCAAGAUUACGCGAGAGAUGAUAAAGCUUGGGUCAUGCUUGUAAGAUCGCGCAUGCGCGCAAAAAGCAACACUUUCAUCAAAUACAGAAAUGGAUAAUAAACAGAACCUUUUUACAAUCAACUGUUAAUUUUGAAGGGCGUACUUGAUAUAGAAAAAGAACAAUUCUCAACAAUAAAAAGUGAAUGCUGCAGAUUUUAGGUAUUUACUAGUUCUAUGUAAAUUGGAUGUUUUCGUAGUUCAUAAAAAUUAAAAAACCUUCCCACCAAAAUAUAUUUUGCCCUGGUAACUUUUAUUUAAGCUUUCCAAUUAUUCAUGUCAGUGUUAAGAUCAUCUACUCAAUGAGGUGUCGGCUAAAGUUCAUUGUUGCAUAACAUUACAUAACAUAACAAUCAAAUGUCAUGCCCUUUCAAAUUAAGCUGAGCUCAGUCAAGCGAAGGGAAUGUAUACAUCUGACGACAAACUGGUUUCGCACAUGAAAUGUUCAAAUUAGCAUAGCUCAACGACAAAAUGUGCAAAUGCAACGAUUUUUUUCGUCAAAUUUGCUUAAGGGCCAGUACUUUAAUAGCUACAAAUCGACAGUUACAAAUAAUUUUUAAAAAUAGGUGAAAAUUGCUGUCAAAUGUGGUUGUUCUUUUUUUUAACCCCCCUGUACAGGUAAGACAAUAACAUUACUAUGAUGAAAAAAUUACAUUAAAUGGCACUUUGAACUGCAAAA